GUUCCAGAUCUCUGGGGGCGGGGACGCAGGGAGUGGGAAAAGCGGAGCCCGGCUAGGUGACCAGUCCAGAAAGCCGCCUGCUCCUGGGAGCCAAAUCAACUCCCUUUCUACCGCUGAGGUAACGCAAGAACGGGCGGUGUGUGGUUUCGGAGCGGCAGCAAGGGAAGGUCCCGCUUCGUGGGCGGGGUUGAAGGCGGGGAGGUCCGGCAGGGGACGCGCUGUCACUCUGGCUCCAUCCCCGCUUCCUGGUCAGCGUCCCGCCCCCUCGGGUGCCGGCUCCCUGCCUGCGCGUAGCACUUGGGAACGCGGAUUCCUCUCUCUCUGGGAGGGUCCUUCCCUCCCUCCACCCUCUGCUUUCUCCUCAGGUGAGGCCUCCAUGGAGCGGUUCCUGGCCCAGUUGUGCGGCACCAGCGCGUUGCAGCCGCUGCCUGUGUGGGAGGGGGACACCACCGGCCACUGCUUCACCCAGCUGGUGCUCAGCGCCCUGCCCCACGCGCUCCUCGCUGUGCUCAGUGCCUGCCACUGGGGCAACCCGAGGAAUCCAGGUUACAUCCCACGCUGCAGUCCUGGCUGGCGGGUCCGACUUGCAGCCUCCUUCGUGCUCUCCAUUUUUCCACUGCUAGACCUCUUUCCGGUCGUUUUGCCACCAGGGGCAGGCCCAGGGCCCAUAGGGCUAGAGGUGCUGGCCGGGGGCGUGUCAGCUGUGGCCUGGAUCAGCCACAGCCUGGCCCUGUGGGUGUUGGCUCAUUCCCCUCAUGGCCGCUCCCGGGGGCCCUUGGCCUUGACUCUGACUGCCUUCCUGCCAGCCCCAGCCCUAGUGCUGACCCUGCUAUGGCACUGCCAGCGAGGCACACUUCUGCCUCCACUUCUCCCAGGGCCCCUCUCCCGCCUAUGCCUUCUCAUCCUGCAGCUGGCUGCACUCUUGGCCUAUGGACUGGGCUGGGCAGUCCCUGGGCGGCCACAGGAACCCUGGGCCCAGGAGCCCCUCCUCUCCGAGGGACAGGAACCCGAGGUAGCUGAAGAUGGGGAGAGCUGGCUGUCACGCUUUUCCUAUGCCUGGCUGGCACCAUUGCUGGCCCGUGGGGCCCGUGGAGAGCUCCGGCAGCCCCAGGACACUUGCCGCCUCCCCGACAGGCUGCACCCAACCUACCUAGCCCGUGUGUUCCAGGCACAAUGGCAGGAGGGGGCCCGAAUGUGGAGGGCCCUGUAUGGGGCCUUGGGGCAGCGCUACCUGGCACUUGGACUGCUGAAGCUGGUGGGGACCAUGCUGGGAUUCUCAGGACCCUUGCUACUGUCCCUACUGGUGGGCUUCCUGGAGGAGGGGCAGGAGCCACUAAGCAAUGGCCUGCUCUAUGCCCUGGGGCUGGCCGGUGGGGCCGUUCUGGGCGCCGUGCUGCAGAAUCAGUAUGGGUAUGAGGUGCGGAAGGUGACACUUCAGGCACGGGGGGCUGUGCUGAACAUCCUGUACCGAAAGGCUUUACAGCUGGGGCCCAGACGCCCUCCUUCUGGGGAGGUCCUGAACCUACUAGGCACCGACUCUGAGCGGCUGCUCAACUUUGCUGGGAGCUUCCAUGAGGCCUGGGGCCUGCCCCUGCAGCUGGCCAUUACCCUCUACCUGCUGCACCAGCAGGUGGAUGUGGCCUUCGUGGGUGGUCUGAUCCUGGCACUGCUGCUGGUUCCCGUCAACAAAGUGAUUGCCACCCGAAUCAUGGCCAGCAACCAGGAGAUGCUACAGCACAAGGAUGCGCGGGUUAAGCUCGUGACAGAGCUGCUGAGUGGCAUUCGUGUCAUCAAGUUCUUCGGGUGGGAGCAGGCGCUGGGGGCCCGUGUAGAGGCCUGCCGAGCUCGAGAGCUGGGGCGACUCUGGGUCAUCAAGUACCUGGAUGCAGCCUGUGUGUACCUGUGGGCUGCCCUGCCAGUCGUCAUCUCCAUCGUCAUCUUCAUCACCUACGUCCUCAUGGGGCACCAGCUCACUGCCACCAAGGUGUUCACGGCCCUGGCACUGGUGCACAUGCUUAUUCUUCCCCUCAACAACUUCCCUUGGGUGAUCAAUGGCCUCCUGGAGGCCAAAGUGUCCCUGGACCGGAUCCAGCGUUUCCUCGACCUUCCCAACCACAGCCCCCAGGCCUACUACAGCCCAGAUCCUCCGACAGAGCCAUCUACAGCCUUGGAGCUACAUGAAGCCCUCUUCUCCUGGGACCCAGUUGGAACCAGCCAGGAGACCUUCAUCAGUCACCUCGAAGUGAAGAAGGGUAUGCUGGUGGGCAUCGUGGGGAAGGUGGGCUGCGGGAAGAGCUCACUGCUGGCUGCCAUCGCGGGAGAGCUGCACAGGCAGCGUGGGCGGGUGGCAGUGUGGAGGCUGUCCAAAGGCUUUGGCCUGGCCACCCAGGAACCCUGGAUCCAGUUUGCCACCAUCCGAGACAACAUCCUCUUUGGGAAGACGUUUGAUGCCCAGCUGUACAAGGAAGUGCUGGAAGCGUGUGCCCUCGACGAUGACCUCAGCAUCCUGCCUGCUGGGGACCAGACAGAGGUGGGGGAGAAGGGUGUGACCCUCAGCGGGGGACAGCGUGCCCGGAUUGCCCUUGCUCGUGCCGUCUACCAGGAAAAGGAGCUCUAUCUCCUCGAUGACCCUCUGGCCGCUGUGGAUGCGGACGUGGCCAACCACCUGCUGCACAGGUGCAUCCUGGGAGUGCUGAGCCACACCACGCGGCUGCUGUGCACCCACCGCACCGAGUACCUGGAGAGGGCUGACGUGGUGCUGCUCAUGGAGGCUGGGCGCCUCGUCCAGGCUGGGCCCCCCUCUGAGAUCCUGCCAUUGGUACAAGCUGCCCCCAAAGCCUGGGCUGAGGAUGGACAAGAGUCUGACCCAGUCACAGCCCAGUCAGUACAGAACCCAGAGAAAACAAAGGAGGGGCUGGAGGUGGAGGAGAGCACGUCUGGCUGCCUGCUGCAGGAAGAAAGCAAGAAGGAGGGCGCCGUGGCCUUCCACGUGUACCGCGCAUACUGGAGGGCCAUGGGCUGGGGCCUGGCCCUCGCCAUCCUCUUCUCUCUGCUCCUCAUGCAAGCCCCCUCCCCACCACCCAGCACCUCAGUGUUCCCACUGCCCAAAGCUGCCCCCAAUGGCUCCUCAGACAUCCGUUUUUACCUCACCGUGUAUGCGACCAUUGCUGGCGUCAACUCCCUCUGCACCCUUCUCCGGGCAGUGCUCUUUGCAGCGGGCACCCUCCGAGCAGCUGCCACCCUGCACCGCCGCCUGCUGAGUCGAGUCCUCAUGGCGCCAGUGACUUUCUUCGACUCCACGCCCACGGGCCGGGUCCUCAACCGCUUUUCCUCCGACGUGGCCUGUGCGGAUGACAGCCUGCCCUUCAUCCUCAACAUCCUCCUGGCCAACGCGGCAGGCCUGCUGGGCCUUCUGGCUGUGCUGGGCUCUGGCCUGCCCUGGCUGCUGCUGCUGCUGCCGCCUUUGAGCCUCAUCCACUAUCACGUGCAGCGCCACUACAGGGCCUCCUCGAGGGAGCUGCGGCGCCUGGGCAGCCUCACCCUGUCUCCUCUCUACACCCACCUGGCCGACACCUUGGCCGGCCUCCCUGUGCUCCGGGCCACCGGCACCACCCACAGGUUUGAGGAGGAGAACCAGAGACUCCUGGAACUAAACCAGAGGUGCCAGUUUGCUGCCAGCGCCACGAUGCAGUGGCUGGACAUUCGGCUACAGUUCAUGGGGGCCGCAGUGGUCAGCGCCAUCGCAGGCAUCGCCCUGGUGCAGCACCAGCAGGGCCUCGCCAACCCAGGACUCGUGGGCCUGUCACUGUCCUACGCCCUGUCCCUGACGGGCCUGCUCUCCGGCUUGGUGAGCAGCUUCACACAGACAGAAGCCAUGCUGGUGAGCGUCGAGCGGCUGGAGGAAUACUCCUGUGACCUGCCCCAGGAGCCCCAGGGCCAGCGGCCGCAGCUGGGCAUUGGCUGGCUGAGCCAGGGGAGCGUGGAGUUCCAGGAUGUGGUGUUGGUGUACCGGCCAGGGCUGCCCAAUGCCCUGGAUGGGGUGACCUUCUGCGUACAGCCUGGAGAGAAGCUGGGCAUCGUGGGCCGCACGGGCUCUGGCAAGUCUUCCCUGUUGUUGGUGCUCUUUCGGCUGCUAGAGCCCAGUUCUGGGCGAGUGCUGCUGGACGGCGUGGACACCAGCCAGCUGGAGCUGGCCGAGCUCAGAUCCCAGCUGGCUAUCAUCCCCCAGGAGCCCUUUUUGUUCAGUGGAACCGUUCGGGAAAACCUGGACCCCCGGGGUCUGUAUGAGGACAGGGCCCUGUGGCAGGCCCUGGAGCAGUGCCACCUGAGUGAGGUGAUCAUAUCUAUGGGUGGUCUGGAUGGUGAACUGGGCGAGGGGGGCCGGAGCUUAUCUCUGGGGCAGAGGCAGCUGCUGUGUCUGGCCAGGGCUCUCCUCACAGAUGCCAAGAUCUUGUGUAUCGACGAGGCCACAGCAAGCGUGGACCAGAAGACAGACCAGCUGCUCCAGCAGACCAUCUGUAAACGCUUUGCCAACAAGACAGUGCUGACCAUCGCCCACAGGCUCAACACGAUCCUGAACUCGGACCGGGUGCUGGUGCUGCAAGCCGGGAGGGUGGCGGAGCUGGACUCCCCCGCCGUCCUGCGCAGCCAGCCCCACUCACUGUUCCAGCAGCUGCUGCAGAGCAGCCAGCAGGGAGCCCGCUCUUCUCCCUGAGGGCCCCGAGUCCCCGCCCCACAGGGCCUCCCUCUGUCCUACCCACUGCUGCCUGGCGCAGGGGGGCCUGCCGCUUGUUUACACCCCUCUGUGGCUCUACCUCUCUCUCACCUCCGCAGAGGGGAAA